AUGUCUCUGCGGCGAGGCGAGGCGGCGGCGGCGGCCCGCGUGGAAAUGGACGAUCACGACGACGACGGCGGGGCCGCGUCGGACGGCGAGAUGGAGAUGGAGAUGGACGUGGAGGCGGACAGCGAGCUCCAGCACGGCCGCGACGCCGCCGGCCGGGGGAACGACGCGGACGGCGACGACGAGUACGCGCUGCUCACUAGGAUAACUGACACAUCGGCAGCUGAAGCAAGGGCGGGAAAGGAUAUACAAGGCAUACCAUGGGAGAGGUUACAAAUUACCAGGAAGGAUUACAGAAAAGCUAGGCUGGAACAGUACAAGAACUAUGAAAACUUCCCUCAAUCCGGAGAGCUUAUGAAUAAGUUGUGCAAGCAAGUGGAGGGGAACAGUAAAUACUAUGAAUUUCGGUACAAUACUCGAGUAGUGAAACCAUCAAUUCUCCAUUUUCAGCUUCGGAAUUUGUUAUGGGCAACUUCAAAGCAUGAUGUUUAUUUCAUGUCAAAUUCCACAGUAGGACACUGGUCAUCACUGUCUCACAAAAUGUCAGAUGUUCUUGAUUUCUCGGGGCAUGUUGCUCCAGCACAGAAAUAUCCUGGCAGUUCACUAGAAGGGUUUACUGGUGUUCAAGUUAGCACACUUGCAGUGAAUGAGGGUUUAUUGGUUGCUGGUGGUUUCCAAGGAGAACUAAUUUGCAAGAGUUUACGAGACGGUGAUGUUAAGUUCUGCACAAGGACUACCUUGAGUGACAAUGCUAUCACAAAUGCCAUGGAUAUACACAGAUCUACAAGUGGAAGUUUGCGCAUUACGGUGUCGAAUAAUGAUUCUGGUGUUCGUGAAUUUGACAUGGAAAGAUUUCAGCUCUUGAAUCACUUGCGCUUUGACUGGCCAGUGAAUCACACAUCCGUGAGCCCGGACAAGAAACUUUUGGCAGUAGUUGGAGAUGAUCGGGAUGCUCUUCUUGUUGAUUCACGAAAUGGGAAGAUAGCUUCUACCCUAGUUGGCCAUCUGGACUACUCGUUUGCCACGGCAUGGCACCCGGAUGGUGUUACAUUCGCAACGGGGAACCAGGACAAGACAUGCCGGGUCUGGGACAUCCGGAACCCAUCGACCUCCCUGGAGGUCCUAAGAGGCAACAUUGGCGCCAUCCGAUGCAUCCGCUACUCCUCCGACGGCCGGUUCCUUCUCUUCUCUGAGCCCGCCGACUUUGUGCAUGUCUACAGCGCUGCCGAGUGCUACAGAAAGCGGCAGGAGAUUGACUUCUUUGGCGAGAUCUCCGGGAUCUCGCUUAGUCCAGACGACGAGACCCUGUUUGUGGGUGUUUGCGACCGUGUGUACGCCAGCCUGCUGCAUUAUAGGAUGGUCCACUCCUUCGGGUACUUGGACUCCUACAUGUAGUGAUGCAGGGGAGAAACUAAGUUGGGUCUUUCAUGUGAAGAAAGAGCGCGGUGGCACUGCUGAAAAUCUGAAGAUCUCGCUAAGACCGGACGACGAGCCCCUGGCCCUCUGGGGCCGUGCCACCGCGUCAAAGCCAGGCUGCUGCAUUACAGGACUGUCCGUCGC